AAUGGGUUCCUCCAGAUUGAUGAUUACAUUCAUUGUUGUUGCUAUGCUGGCCAUUUCCUCUGACCUUUUCUCUGUUCAAAUAGGAAUCAGCGUGCAAGCUGCGCCUCCCACUUGUGGACGAGACUGUACUGAGAAAUUCUUGACACAAGACUGCGAUAAAUAUUGUGUAGGUUUGUCUUAUAAAAAAGGUGUUUGCAUUCUAUCCGAAGGACUUCCUCCGAAAACUUCUACAUAUCGUUGUUGUUGUUCGUAAAUGAAAUAGAUAAUUCUUCAUCCGCUUUGAUCAAACAUGUUCAUGUUUUUUAUCCUUUAACUAUAAUAAAGAGUUUUAUAUUUCAAUGGGAAGACCAU